GGCACAACACUACACAAACGAACUUUCUUGGGCAGAAGUUGACAAUGGACGUGACUGGGGAGUAUUUAUAUAUACACAGAAAAAUACAUCCAGUUAAGAGAACAUACCCGAACACUGUGGUCAAUGUGAUGUCUGCAAAAUCACCUAUAGCAGUUGACAGUUUAGCCACAUCACUGAUGGCAAAUGAAGAAUACCACAAGCAAAUAAGUCCGGCAGUGAAUGCACUACGUCUUUUAGGAAUGCUUCCACUUGAAAUGUCAUCAGAUGGUGUACCAUCAUUCCGAAUACUCUCCCCUAUCAUGGCCUACUCUGUAUGUAUAUACAUCUUCAAGAUGUUUACUGCGUACAACAUGAUAUGUACUGUCGUGUUGCCAAGUUUUCUCCGAAACGACGACUUUGUGAAUAUUAUAAUCAAUUGGGUCUCUUUGAUUGGCUUAUUUAUUUUAGCAUUCUCGUCCAUUUUGAUGUGGCUGGAUUCUUCUAAAUUUAUUCUGCAUAUGAAGAAAUGGAGUUAUUUUCAGGGUUUGUUCCGGGAGGUGACAAGGCAACAGUUGGUGCUGGGUAUCAGGACACGAUGCCUCAUUUUCUCCAUCAUCAAUGUGUUAAUGGGAAUUUGUUCUUUUGGAAUCAACAUUUGCAUCCUCGGCACGAAUAUUUGGCCACUGCCAUACUAUUUCUUCCUAAGUACCAUACUAGGUUCUCAUGGAGUAUAUAGAGUGGUCUCUUAUUCUACACUUAUCACCGCUGGACAAAGUCUCGUCUUGUCAUUUAAGAAUGAUGAGAAGCAAGGGAACCUUUCUGCGUAUUUGAUAGGAGAGUACAGAGUCCUCUGGCUGCGGCUGAGCCAACUUGCUUCAGAAACGGGUGUCGUGAUGGGGAAAGCUACUGUAUUUUUCCUGUCGUUACAUCUGUUCGCUCUCACUAUGUCACUCUACGGCUGUCUGGCUGGAAUUCUGACCAAGGGCCAUUCCGUAAUGGAGUCAGCUGGACUAGGAAUUGGCUUCAUGUUUGGAGCUGCCUCUUUGUACGGAAUCUGCAGCAUGGCUCACGAGACGACUGCCACCAUUGGAACAGAAAUACAAGAACAGCUGCAACUUAUGAGUUCGCACAGUUUGCGUCCUGAGACAAACAUUCAGGUGAGGGAAUUCCUUCAAACAAUAUCGAUGAAUCCACCGCUGAUAUCUGUCCUGGGUUUUGUGGUCGUCAACAAAGGAAUGGCAAAAUCGUAUGCAUCAGCUCUGGUAACUUACAUGAUAGUUCUACUGCAGUUCAACAUGGGGCAACCUGACGGGAAGUGUGACUGUAAUGUGACCCAUAACGGCACAGAACCAAGAAUUAUUUACUGAGAUAUAAAACAUGCUAUUAACUGCACUCCAGUAGGAAUUUCUGUGAUUCGUUAUAAAUAGAAGUGUGCAAGCCUAAUUGUAAGAAAGUAAAAUUCGUUAAGAUAUGAUCCAGUUACAUAUAAAUAUUGCAUUUGGAAAUUUAAAAUCUUACUGUAAUUUGUUAUUAAUAAAAGUUU